UUACUAGUCGGUAUUUUUGGUGCCGACAUUGACUGAGCGUGUUUGAGAGGGAGGAGAAAGAGGAGGAGAAGUUAAUUUCAUUUCCUCCUCCUUACUCACUUCAUAUGAAAACAUGGUGCAUGGGCAGGGGUCAAAUAGGAAAUUUCUUGAUUUGAGCAGCCCUGGCCCUUUAGCUUAGCUUUUAUCGCUCCAUCUCUUUUCUACCAGGCCAUAGCGAUGCGGACUUUACUACAGCCUUGAUUUCUGAAGGGGAAGAAAAAACAAGGGAGGAAAAGGAGCUUGAGAUUUUUAUGGACCUGACGGAUAGCUAGUAGCCGCUUCUCAGAGCGAAAAGGGUGGGAAAUCAUGCUGUAUUCGAGGCGGCUGCUGCGGCUUUCCAGCCGCUCCUUCCUGGCCUUCAUUUUUUUCUUCUCCAUGUCUACGACCUGCCUCUACUUCAUUUAUGCAGCCCCUGGAAUAGUCAACACGUACUUCUACAAGAUGCAGGCUCAGGGUAUAAUGUUACGCGAUAAUGUGCGGACAAUUGGUCAGAUAAUCAGAUCAUACACCAAUAAGAACAGCACUCUAAAUGGCACAGAUUAUCCAGAUGGAAACAACUCCAGUGAAUAUUUUGCUCAACCGACUACAUACCUCCCUGAGAAUUUUACUUAUGCUCAGAACCUGACCUGCCCUGAACGCUUACCUUCUAUGAAGGGUCCUGUGGAAGUAAAUAUGACCGAGGUUCCUAUAGAGGAGGUCGAACUGCAGCUUAAACAGCUGGGCAUCCAGUUUGGGGGACACUGGAAGCCCAAGGACUGCAAACCACACUGGAAGGUGGCUAUUCUUAUCCCCUUUAGGAAUCGUUAUGAACAUCUUCCCAUUCUGUUUCAGCACCUUGUUCCCAUGCUUCAACGUCAGCGCUUACAGUUUGCGUUUUACGUGAUUGAGCAGGCAGGUAAACAGCCUUUUAACCGAGCCAUGCUGUUUAAUGUGGGUUUUAAGGAGGCAAUGAAAGACCUGGACUGGGAUUGUGUGGUUUUUCAUGAUGUUGAUCAUAUCCCGGAAAAUGACCGGAAUUAUUACGGCUGUGGUCAGAUGCCUCGUCACUUUGCCACAAAGCUGGACAAGUAUAUGUACAUUUUGCCCUACAAUGAGUUCUUUGGAGGAGUGAGUGGGCUUACAGUAGAACAGUUCCGCAAGAUCAAUGGUUUCCCAAAUGCAUUCUGGGGCUGGGGAGGAGAGGAUGACGACCUCUGGAACAGGGUGCACCUAGUUGGCUUGAACGUGACCAGACCAGAAGGAGAUAUUGGCAAAUACAAAUCAAUUCCCCAUCACCACCGAGGAGAAGUGCAGUUCCUGGGAAGGUACAAGUUGCUAAGGUAUUCUAAAGAAAGGCAAUAUUUAGAUGGCCUAAAUAAUCUCCAGUAUUCUCCAGAGCUCUCUUUAAGUAGUCUGUAUAAGAACAUCACCGUUCACCUGAGCCCUGAGCUUGCCCCCAUAGCGGAGUACUGACACCUGUCUGUCCGUGCAUCCUUUCCACCCAGCCAUCAGUACAUGAAGAGAACCGACUCAGCAUCGUGGACAAGAGUGUGGCCUGAACAUCGCAUACGACCACCUUAAUAAUCUUACGACCAAGAGACAAAAGGUUUCAAGGCCUAAGUACUAGAAAUGUUUGUAUGAGUGCGCGAAGUCAUACUUAUGUUUUUGUGUGCGUGUGUGUCCCAAUGCAUGUCUCUGUUUAUGCGGCUUUAGCUACUCAAAUCACAACAUGCUACAAAAAAAGGAGGGGGGGUGGGGGUGGGGCGCGUCGGUGUCAAUAAUUCAGAUGUUUACUGCAAAGCCUUAACUGAUUUUCUUAGGCUGUUAUCACUCCAAGUGUCAGUUCUCAUUCAUGCCAACAGUGUAGACCGCUCAGUUUUACAACUCGACAGCAAAUUAAAUGCCAAUACAUAUUUUAUGGCACGUUUUGUAUCAUGUAGUAUUUUAAGGCAUAUGAUGAUUUAUGUAUGUACUGUAAAUGGUCUUUUUGGCCUUCCUUAUUUAUUAAAAGUAUAUAUAUAUAUUUUUUUUGAGCACUCCAGUGACGUGUGUGUAUCACGAGCGUCGCAUUUUUUUUUUUUUCCUUUUUGCGGGCUGUGAGUGCACCAAGGAUCACGACUGCUCACUGGAUCCUGUGAGGUCAUGCAUCAUUCCAGUGCACAUUCUCUUACUUUGGCAGCUAACUGUCUUUACAUUAAGCCCCUUACCCCACACCUUUCCGUACACACAUGGACCCGACAGUUUAGGAAUUAAAGACAAAUGAAAUUGAUAAGUGUAGUCUGUCAAAACACCAAUAUCAGCUGCAUGCCUUUUUUUUUAUAUUAAAAGUUGUACAUCAUUUAAUGUUUUUUUUUUUCCCCUUCUUUUUGUGCACUGUAAAAGUAAAGAAAUCGGAAGGGAGGGUAAAAUGUUAUUGCUGGUCAUUCACUCGAAGAGUUGCUAAGCUGUCAAGUACGCAGCUGCUAAAUGCUAAAAGUACUAUAAUAAUGCUGUGUGUAUGAGGGUGAAUGUGAGUGUGAAAGUGUGAGUGAGAUCCUCCAGCCGUGUAUGCAUAUGAAGUACCUUGUGAUGUUGCACUCUAGUCAUAAAAAUAAGUUGGGCCUGGAUGAGAGAGUGAUGUCACCAUUACUCUUGAAUGGCAUGAGAGUAGAGUUUGGGCAAUGAAGACUUUAUGCUGUUAAAGUUUUGAGCUGUUGGUGGGUUGUGCUUUUCUUUGUACAUGUUGAUUGCCUUUGUAUAUACAGCCUUACAUUGAAGAUGAUUCAUGAGUUGGUUUAUUUUUUAUGUGAAUUAUUAUUUUGCUAGUGAACUGUUCUGUUAAUUUAUAUCUGUUCUAAUUAGAAAACUUAUUUGGUAUUCUUACA